AGCUCCUCGCAAAAAGUAUACUGAACUUAGCAAGCGUGAACUCAACAAUCUCCCCUACUGAAGAUUCAGUGACUUAUACAGCAAUAAAUUGCAACCUCACGCCUAAUUCCCUUUGUAAUCCCGCACCAGCUACUAUAUAUCACUCCCGACCCGAAACGUCACCACCCUACACCAACAACACCCCCAACCCCAAAACAAACCAACCCCCACAAGAAUAAGAGAAAACACUACGAAAUGACCGAAACAAGCCCCAUCUACAACCUCAUAGCCGCCAUGGACGCCGAAGACGACGCCACCGCCGCCUUGGAUGACGACGACGCCACAACCGACUACGGCGCCCGCGCCGUCCGCAGCGCCGCCAUCCCAGCAAACGAGGCCGGCGAAAACCGCCUCGCGGACCAUGUCUCCGUCCAGGUCUCCGCGCCGAGGGAGGAUCCAAUGGUUCCGCGUCGCCGGCGGCAGGAGAUGUCGACGGCCGGGGGCGGGUAUCAGUUGCGGGAGGUGGAGGAGCGGGCGGAUGGGUCGAGGCGCGUGCAUCGCGAGUACGAGGAUCCGGCCACGGGGGUGAGUUAUGUACGGGAUUUGGAUGGGUGAUUGUUUUCUGCUGGGAAGGAGGAGGGGGGCGAGGGAUUUGGGAGUGGGGAUCGUUUUUGGGCAAGGAGUUAACGGGAUAGUAUGAUAACUAUAUGUCAGGUUGGAGAACAAUGUCGAGUAUAGCAGUAGCGUCUGGACGGAGGGACUUCUGAACUCUCUGGACAAGCUCACUCAAAUGGGAAUUCGGGGUCUGUGACGCUACCUCCGAAAGUGAC